CCCGAGUUGUAAGGUCAAAGAGCGGCAGUCUUCAGUGAACCUUUGCACCAUGAACUACUCCGUGUUGAACUGCAUUCUAAUUGCUAUACCCAUCCUGCUACUUUUAAUGGAUAUCUGUGAAGCCAAGCCUUGGUGGCCCACUAAUGAAGCUGGCUACGAUGCCAGCCUGGACCCCAUUGCCUGGUCGAGAUCAUUUGUGCCGGAUCAAGUGAGGAAAACCCGCUACAAUGUCAUCCCAGAACCGAGAAGCAAACAUCGCCAUCGCCAGUCCUCCAAGCUCUGGUACCAGAAACCAAUAGCUACGUAUCCCAAGCACAUUGUCAAUGCAAAAUACUACAAGAGAUAUCUGAGAAGAAGACAAAAACUGGCAGCACGUGAACGUUUCGCAAACUGGAGGCAAUAAGCCGCUACUUAGGUGCUCAGCAAAUCUGUAUAUCUAGUAAUUAGCAAAAUAAACAAAAGACUUAAGACACAAACUAGCUGCUUGUA